AUCUCAACCAAACAGUUGCAAAUCGAUUUUCGUCCGUACAACAACGCGUCUGCUCGCCGAAAUGAUUUUGCUAAUAAAGUAUUCGUUGCACAUAUUUUGUGUGAUUUUGGCAUGCGCACACACCUUAGCUUUACCGCAGACAGCGGAUCGUGUUAAAAAAAUUCCCUCAAAUCCAUCGAAACUGGAAAUAGAAAUAAUGCGAAAAGCAAAGACCGAUUCAAUCUUGAACAAUAUGAAUACUAAAAUUGAUCCAUGCGAUGACUUCUAUAAAUUCGCUUGCGGAAAUUGGACUCGUCUCUACCCUGCUACUACAAUCGAACACCUGACAACCGGUCUGUUUGAAGAGUUGAGCCAUCUGCUUGAUCGUAAAGUGGAGAAGCUUUUAAUAAACGAUCCCAAUUUCAAUUACACCGAUAUAGACAAUAAAGUAAAGGACUUUUUCGAGUCCUGUGUGAAUUUAGUGAAGAGGAAAGGCAGUUUCAGACAGGACUUAAUCCGCUCUAUCGCCGAGUUUGGUGAAAUGCCUGCGCUCAGUGGGGAUAAAUGGAAUGAGGAUAAAUUCGAUUGGGUGGAGACUGUUGCAAAAAUUGCCCACAAAUACGGCAAAGACAUCAUCAUAGGUAUGGAUAUAAUGGCCGAUUUUAAAGACAAUAGCGUCAAUCGAAUUUAUUUCGGUCAAGCUGAAUUGCCCUUAGAGAGUCGUGUUAUGUAUUUAGAUAAUUCUACAGCCGUAUAUAGAGACAGUUACAGAAGUAAAAUUCGCAAAGAGCUUGAGAAAUUUUUGGGAAUGGAAACAAAUUUGGCUACAAAGACUGCAAAUGAAAUUGUAGAUUUCGAGGUGAAUUUAGCGCGCGGUUUAAUUGAUGACACACUCGGCCAGAGUCUAGAUGAGUUAUCCAAACUCACAACCAUCAAAGACUUGCAAGCUAAAUACAGCUCAGUAAUAGAUAUGAAGAAAUUGAUGAAUAUAACAUUGGGAGAAGUAGUUCAAGAUAAAGUGUAUGAGUAUGCAGAGUCAUAUCAGGUAAACUUGAUGAAAAUUAUUCCCUUGACGCCAAAAGCAACACUAGCUAACUAUAUCUUCUAUACAUUCCUCAACGAUUACAUGCUGGAUAUCGAUAAGUCGCCAAAGAGGCAGAAGAAAACCUGCAUCGAGAAGACUAAGUCAUAUUUUGCUAAAAAUGUGGAUAAUAUGGUCUAUCGAAGAUACAGUACCGGAAAAAUUGAACGAGAUGUGGAGUAUAUGUGGAAGAAUCUGAAAGAAUCGUUCAAAAACAAGUUACUUUCCGAUGACCUCACCUGGAUAUCAGAACCAACACGUCAGUAUGCGCUUGAAAAACUCCAUGCCCUUCGAAUGGAAAUCAAUUCAUAUUCAGAUCAUAAUUUUACCGAAGAAUUUGGUUCAUUGGUUACUAAUAAACACGAUUAUCUAGCAAAUGUGUUCGCUUUAUUAGAGUUAGAUACUAAACGAUCAAUCGCUAAAUUGCACGAAGAGCCAAAACCCAUAGAGGCUGGCGAAAUACUGUCCUACACACCCGCUAAUAUACUAAUUGAAAAUGUCAUCAAAGUACCGGUGUCGAUUCUACAGCCAUAUAUUAUGUGGGGCAACUACUACCCAACAGCGGUGAAGUUCGGUACUUUAGGCGCGCUGGUUGGGCACGAACUCAUACACGCAUUCGACGACACAGGACGGCGCUUCGAUAAGGAUGGCAACAGUCGUGACUGGUGGGAUGAGAAGUCAACAGAGAUAUUUCUCGAACGCACUGAGUGUUUCAGCAAUCAGUAUAGUCAGUACGAGUAUGGUGGACGUAAAUUACCGAAGAGUGUAUCGCAAUCAGAAAAUAUUGCAGACAAUGGUGGUAUGCGGUUGGCUUACGAUGCGUAUCUGCGUUGGUAUGAAGAUGCAGAUCGUGCUGGGGAUGACGUUGGCAUGGAAACCCUACCACAAUUCCCUUAUAACUAUAAACAAUUGUUCUUCAUUAGUUUCGCACAAAUUUGGUGCAAUGAUGUCCAUCCCCAGGUCAAACAUCUGCAGACAUCAACCGACCAGCAUGUUCCAGGCGAGUUUAGAGUAAUCGGACCUCUCUCGAACUAUGGAAAAUUCGCAAAUGAAUUUAACUGCACAGAUAAUAAACGAAUGAACCCCCCUAAGAAGUGCGAAAUUUAUUAAACUAAAAAUCAAUUCGAACAUCAUGUAUUUAUAUAAAUUAUGUAAUAUGUAUAUGAAUGUCUCCCAUUAUCAGUGAAUUAACCAAAAACCAUACACGUACACAUAUGGGUUGUAAAUUUGUUUUGAAAAGGAAUUAGAAGUUUAGCAUUGUAACGUGUUGGAUCAAAAUAAAUAUAAAUAUAAAUAAAUUGAUCUUAAUAUAUGCACAUAUGUGUAUAUGUAUGUAUGUAUAUACAUUAGACAGUGCCUACAGCUUGUGGAUUUUUAGCAUUUAGUUUAUAAUUGAGUAAUAUAAAUUGUAUUUAAAGUAAAUUAAAAAUAUAAUUAAUAAAACAUAACCUUUCGGAUCACUGAAGUGAAAAUUUUGAAGCAAGCAUUCAUACUAAAGCAUCGCAAUAAAACAAUAAAGAAUAUUAGCAGCAUUGAAUACAA